UCCUAAUGGUAAACUCAACAGCUGAGUAGCAGGAUGAUGGCGCAACAGGAGGUAGAGAAUCAAGCAGGGAGGUCAAAGCAUGGAGACCACACCCACCUGGGAUGGGGUUUAAAAGGGCCGGGAGGGAAGAGGGUUGUCAGAUUCAGUGGCUUAGCCUUCCCAGCGGCUCUGAACCUCCUGUGCAUCCUCAGCUCACCAUAACUUCCUCCUACAUCAGCUCAUCCCACUGCCUGGGCUGCACCAACACUCCUGGAGCAAGAAACAUCUGUGUCUCCUCCACUGACAUUAGAGACUAGCCUGGGGCAGAGGUCAACAAUGCCCCCCUAUGUCUCUCAGCCACUCUGGCACACGCCAACUGAAUCCCAGUGGGAACAACCCCUCUGGGCUGACCCAGCCUCUGUCUGCACAGCUGCAAUGCCGCCUGCCCCUUGCUGGGGACCUGCCACAUUCCUGGCAACAUCGGAAUCUGCAGGACCUAUGGUGAAGGCUCCCUUAACAGCCAUGAGAAGGAGACCAUGCAGUUCCCGAAUGACCAGCCGGCCAGCUACCUGGAGAAAGUGCGCCACCUGGAGCGGGACAACAUGGAGCUGGAGACCCAGAUCCAAGAGUCGAGCGAAUGCCAUGAGGCCACCAUGUGUCUGGACUAUCAGAGCCACUUCUGCACUAUCGAGGAGCUGCAGCAGAAAAUCCUGUGCGUCAAAUCUGAGAACAAGCAGCUGGUCGUGCAAAUAGACAAUGCCAAGCUGACUGCUGAUGACAAUAGGACCAAGUGGGUUGGGCCCAGGACAUUACAUUUUAUUGGGGCCGACGUCUGUGGGCUGCACAGGGCACUGGACGACCUCACACGCGCCAAGGCUGACCUGGGGGCCCAGCUGGAGCCCCUGAAGGAGGAGCUGCUCUGCCUCAAGAAGAACGACGAGCAGGGAGUCCACACUCUGAAGUGUCAGCUGGGGGACCAGCUCCGGACUGAGCUGGACGUGGUGCCCGCUGUGGAUCUGGGUGGGGUGCUGGAGGAGAUGCGGUGCCCGUACGAGGCCCUGGAGGUAGAGCUGCAGGCUCAGCUCACGCUGAACUGGCUGUGUGAAUCCGGGGCCCGCUUCGGCACUGAGCUGGCCCAGAGGCAGUGCCUCAUCAGUGAUGUGGAGGCUCAGCUGUCGGAGAUCCGGGCUGACCUGGAGCGGCAGAGCCAGGAGUACCAGGUGCUACUGGACGUCAAGGCCUGGCUGGAGGGUGAGAUCGCCACAUGUUGGAACCUUCUGGAGACUGAGGACUGUACGUAUGUAGCCUGAUGUUGUUUGUGUCAAUAUCAUGUGUAAAAGCAGAGACGUCUUAUUAGGAAUGACUCAAAAGGAGGCGUGGCAUUGCAGACCCCACCUCUGGGGACAAACUUGCUACCCAGCAAGCCUGGUGGGCUGCCUGGACGUGGAGGAGGGUGUGCAGGGCCUCUGCAGCUCAUGCCGUCCAUUGUGUGGCCCAUGUUAUGCUCCCAGGUGCUAGUCACUCCCACAGGGGCUAAAAUACUGAGGGCUCUGUGCAUUUAGGUUUUGCUAAAUUCUCUCUGGAAUAUUCCAGGAGCUUUUAAAA